AUGUCGAUGUCAAGAAGCGCCAGUUUUGAAAUCGUUCCUCCUUCGCGCACCAAGGGACUCGCGGACGUUAUGGAUGAGGUCUUCAAGAAGAAUAACAACGCACACGACGAUGAUGACCGCACUGAUGACCGCAGCCACGAACGCGAUGUCGAACACGAGAUUGAGCAGCCAGAGGGGUUUACUGUGAGUCAUUUAGAACAACACAUCCGCACCGCCUCACACUCGCGUAAGUUGACUUCUGCCGUGUACCCACCAAACCCAUGCGAGCGUUGCGUUCGAACGAAUAAGACGUGCAAAGGGGUCGCCGGCGCUCGAUGCGAGUACUGCAAGCGCCUGAAACAGAAAUGCUCAAAUAGCACUGGACCAGCCCGGGGCAAGCACGCAGCCGCAGCACGGUUAAAGGCCGCCGCAGCGACUAUUCCUGAUAAGGGCGCGUCGCACAACUCUGUCGCCGAAUCGUCGACAGCAUCGAAGGCGCGGCCAAAGCGGAAAUUAUCUCUGAAGCCGAGCGCAUAUCAGAACGGCGACUACGAUAGCGAUGAAGGCGAAUUGGACGAUGAUGGGCACGAGCCACCAGCGAAACUGAACAAGAAGCGCCGCACUGCCAUCAGUGGUGCUAUAAACCGAGCCAACAUCAUGAAAUAUGUGGGGGAACUCGAAGCGACGAUCAGUAAACUUCAGGCCUCGACGGCCAAGGAGGUGGAUAAGGCGCAGGCACUCAUUCGAGCCAUCUCGGCAGAGAUGAGGGAUACUGAAGAUGAAUGA